UUAAUAUUUAUAAUUAAAUAAGUUUCCAAUAUUCUCUCCUGUUCUAUUGUAUAUAUUUGUUCUUUUAUGCGACGCUGUUUGUUUUUCUUUUGCUUUCAAGCCGAACACGACUCCACUCUCUGAUUGGCCGAGCGGCUUGUCAAUCUUUGACGUAGCGGCCAAUGGCAGGAGCCGACAGGCGAUACAAACUAGCAGCCGCCAUGUUGUGUCUCCGGGGGCCUCGAGGGACGUCCGGUAGUAAACAGUAGAUGACGGUACCGCCUGUUCGGCAGCUCUCAGGAACGGGACCGCAGCUGGAAGCUAUGAGUCGUCCAUCUUCAGCCGGAGGUGGGGGACUCGGGGCCGGGAAAGCAGGCGGAGGGAAGCACGGGGGAGCGGCAGGCGCCUCUGUUGCCGCAGCGGCCGCCGGCGUGAGCUCCGUGGCCGGGUCGGGGUCUGCUCCCCCUUCCUCCACCGUGUCCAUGCCGGCUACCGGCCUCGUCGGACAAUCCUCGGAGCUCACGGCGCUAUUCGAGUGCCCGGUAUGCUUCGACUACGUCCUGCCGCCUAUCCUGCAGUGCCAGGCGGGUCACCUGGUCUGUAACCAGUGUCGUCAGAAGCUGAGCUGCUGCCCGACCUGCCGAGGCCCGCUCACCCCGAGCAUCCGGAACCUGGCCAUGGAGAAGGUGGCCUCCACACUGCCGUUCCCCUGCAAGUAUUCGUCAGCCGGCUGCCCGCUGUCUCUUCACCACAGCGAGAAGCCCGAUCACGAGGAGGUGUGCGAGUUCAGGCCGUACACCUGCCCGUGCCCAGGAGCCACCUGCAAGUGGCAUGGCUCACUGGAGGCCGUCAUGCCUCACCUCAUGCACGCUCACAAGUCCAUCACCACGCUGCAGGGGGAGGACAUCGUUUUCCUGGCGACGGACAUCAAUCUGCCGGGCGCCGUCGACUGGGUGAUGAUGCAGUCAUGUUUCAGCCACCACUUCAUGCUGGUGCUGGAGAAGCAGGAGAAGUAUGAAGGUCACCAGCAGUUCUUUGCUGUCGUGCUGCUCAUCGGCACCCGUAAGCAGGCCGAAAACUUCGCUUAUCGCCUGGAGCUAAACGGCAACCGGCGCCGGCUCACCUGGGAGGCCACGCCGCGCUCCAUCCACGAUGGCGUGGCCGCCGCCAUCAUGAACAGUGACUGCCUGGUCUUCGACACCUCCAUCGCCCAUCUGUUCGCUGACAAUGGUAACCUGGGGAUCAACGUCACCAUCUCCAUGUGCUGACGGAGCCGAGGGGAGCCUCCUGCCAAGGGAGGAGUUAAGGAGGUGCAGAGUGCACCUGCUGACAGCCUCAGUUGGAGUCGUUCGAGGAGUCGGCUCAAACAGUCAGCAGCAGCCCUUUGACCUCUGUGGUCAGCUAACGAUGGACGUGGGGCAGAAUGUCCUUUGGUUACCUGUCUGGAAACGAGGGCGUCACCUCGAGCCUCCAACACUGUCCUCGAUGGAGGAACGGUCGGAUCUGCUGGUUCGACCGCAGCCAGGACGUCUGGCCUGGUUAGAGAUUAAACUCCCGAGGACUCGGUCCUCAUUGGUGGAAACAAACACUUCUCUCUGCCGAAGCGGCUCCCUCUUCCUGCGUCGGGUUAAUCGGCUUCCUGUCAGGCCGGCGUGUUCACAAUAUUCUGCUCUGCAGUUCUGGUGCUAUCAGACUGAGUUUACGUUCUUCACCAGCAGAGGCCAAAUACACCACGACUGUUACGACGUUCACAGUUAAUGGUUCAGGAAACGCUCUGAUAACGUUCACGUCUGAUUAGUUGUUUACAGAGAGAUUCUGAACAUGCAGAGUUCAGCCGUGGCUUCUUUAUUGGUUAAUGUGCAGAUUAUUUAUUGUUUUGGCUUUUUUGUUGAAAGGAAGUGGAGAAUGUAAAGAUAUUUGCUUUAGUAUCACAUAUAACAAAGAAAUCAUCCAGUGAUUAUAGGACAGAGCGGAAAAUGAGUCUAACCUUGUUGCCAACAGACCAAAAAUAUUCAGGAAAUAUUAUUCAAGGUGAAUUUGACUUAUUUCAAUAAUCUCUGUGCACUGAAGAAGUUGGUGAAAACUAUCUACAUGUCCAUAGAGGUGAGGCAUGUGAACAUGUUUAUUUCUGCUGUAACGUUUUAGUAUGAAAGAGGAUAAAUGUCAUUUUAAGACUGGAAUUUAAAGCAAAAUGAGGAAUUAGACACUUUUAAUCCGAGGAAAAUGUUUGUCUGAGUCGUUAGUUUUCUUUGUCACGUGUCAGUAAAUUAAAAACUGUCAUUCUCAUUCUCAUUGGCUGUUUCCUCACACUUUUUUAAACCUUUUUGAUAAACUCAGUAAAGAAAGGGCCGUGGGUCGGGCUGUCAGCUGUGUUUUUAAUAUGCACGUAUAGAAAAUGAUCUGCAGGUUAAUCCGUCUGUGUUCAUAAAAAACAAAUACUGUGAAAAAGCUCCACAGACCUGGAGUCAGCUGGUGGAAGAAGGCUGCCAGCAGUUCAGGUAAAGCAGAGUAAUGUGAACACCAACAUUCUGACUGAGAGGUUGCCGGUUCAGAUCCCUGCAGCUGCAGAUGGUGACUGAUGGCGGGUCUCUGACUGGAGGUCGGCCUUUGACCUGAGCUGUGCUCAGUUAAUCCUCAGACUUUCUUUAAUCUCUGAUAAAAGCAGUAAAAUGGAGGAAUAAUCCUCCCGUCCCUCCUCCUGCAGUCCGUUUAGCCGCCAGCGCCUUACUUUUCUACCGCUAACCACCUCCUCCCAUUCACCCGCUUUCUAAAGGGGCCUUGGUGCUGAUGUGCUGCUUCUGGGAAACAGAAAAACGCAACGAUGUGUUCAGAAGAACGGAGAGCUGCUCGUCUGCUCAACGCCACAGAGACACGACCGACACAAACUCGUGUAUUUAUGUGGAAAUGUGGGUUUUAAAAACUAAAUUCCUUCUCGUGAAACCGUCAUAGCAACUGACCAGAAAGAUACCUCUGACCACAGACAUGUCUGUAACUGAACCGCAAAGCCCUCCGAGCUCAGCGGCGUUUCCUCUGUGUUCAUGAAGAUGAAGAAAAGUCCAAAAUAAGCCGAUUUCUUCCCAUCAUUCAUCCAAGUGUCUCAUCCAGCUCUGGAUUUUCUUUAGAGGGUAGCUUUGUAUGAUUCAGAGUUACGUCUUAUUCUGAUUGGCUGACUUCUGCUUUUGAGCUGUAGUCAUUAGAUUUCUGUGCUUGUAGAAAAACACACCCGGCUCCUUCGUACCUGCUCGAUGAUUAUCGUGUUUCUGUGGUGUGUUAUGCUUGACUGGUGGGUCGUGAACAGAAAACUGCAAAUUUGAGCUUAUUUGUCAUAAAACUUGUCACAUCCCACAUUUCCAGAGUGGGCAGGAAAAAGGCUUAUUCUAAUAUGACUGCUGUAUGUGCACACAGUAGAAACACAGAGCAAACACUGCUGUCUCUUGUCUCCAGGUGUGGUUACCUCGACAUGAGUGUCCCGGUUUCAGGGUCCCGUUUUUCCGUUUGCGGAUCAUUUUGUGAUUUUUCAAAGUUCAAAGUGCUCGCUGCAGUUUGAUGUGAAUCUUUGAUCACAAACAAUGAGAGCAGGAAACAUCCUCCCAGUGUUGGAGUGACGAAGAAACCUUUUUACUCUUCGGAUGAAAGCACGUUUACUUCCACAUAGCAAAGAAGUUUUAUGGCACCAUAAGAAAAAUGCUGACACACACACACACACACACACACACACAGUGCAAAAGUCUUGAGCCUCCAUCAUGUGUUCAUAUUUGAAUGAGGGUUUUCCAGCCUCUGAAUGCCAACAAAGAAUCAGACUCAGUUUUAACAGCCUUGGAAAUGAAGCAUGAGGACGCACAGGGAGGUCCACAACCCGGGACGCUCGUGUCCACAGACACACUCAACAAUAAUCACUUUCACGCCGACUUUCCAUGAAAUAUUUUGAGAUAUUGUAAAUGAAGCUAAAGGGACAGUCUAUUUUCUAAAGAUUUAUUCCUCCCACUCUUUGUUUUCACACGUAUUUGUGCUGCUGUUUGAGAUUUCCAGAGUACGUUUUCUACGCUCACGGUGAUGUUUCUGUUGUAAAGCUCAGUUUGUGAUGUUUCUGUAAUAAACAGGUUUGUUUACGCUGA